UCCAGAAGUUUAAGGAGCUCUGUCACCUGAGCAUGCUUGUGCUUGAACUUUUGAAAAAUAAAUAUAUAAAUAAAAUAAAAGAUAAAAAUAAAAAAUAAAAAAUCAAAGCCCAGUCUCAACUCUUAACGAAAAAUCAUUUGGAGCCCUAUCUCGUUCUUUUUUCCCUCCUAGUUAUCCAAAUAAAUAUUUGCAUUUCAAUCUAUUGCUCUGCUUUGAGUCUCGAUUCAUCUCUUCGCCACCACCAUCACUAUCACCGUCUUUGAGCUACGAUUACCAGUCUACGACCGCAUCCCUUUAUUGCCUAGACACCACUCUCUAUCUGUUUUCAAUUUCUCUCUCCUCACUCACACUUUCUAACUCGACCCUAGUAGUCAUUGAACUACCGAAACCCUAACAGGCGAAGCCACCAUUGAAGGUUCAGACGACCUUGAAGCUCGACUCCGUUUCAUUUUAACCCAUCUAAGAUUCUUUGAUUGUACGGAUUCUUUCAGACAUGAAGAUUGUAAGCUGUACUAGUGUUACAAAACCCAGUUUUUUUCUUGCAAAUUGUGAGUUACCUGCCUGUACAUUCCGUAGAUCCCAGUUUACUCUUGCAUCUACUCUACGGAUUUCAAGUAACCAUGAGAAGAGAAUUGGACUGGUGACAAAAUUUCAGCGAUUUGUUGUCAAUAGAACAUUUGCAGUCAGUCCUUUAGGUUCAUCUUUAUGCAAAACAGACAAAGUUCCUUCACGUCGGGUACGAGGAAGUUCCUCUUCCUUAUAUAGCCGUCCUAGUUUAUUAGAGAUGAAGAAUGAGAGGAUGGAAAACCGUGCCCGUGUUUAUGAGUUCUUGAGGGGAAUUGGUAUUGUGCCUGAUGAGCUUGAUGGGUUGGAACUUCCUGUGACAGUUGAAGUUAUGAGAGAACGUGUGGACUUCCUUCAUAAAUUAGGGCUUACGAUUGAAGACAUUAACAACUACCCUCUUGUUCUUGGAUGCAGUGUAAAGAAAAACAUGAUUCCUGUGCUUGAUUAUCUUGGCAAAUUGGGUGUUAGGAAAUCUACUUUUACUGAAUUUUUGCGAAGAUAUCCGCAAGUCCUUCAUUCUAGUGUUGUAGUGGACCUUGCACCGGUGGUUAAGUAUCUUCAAGGGAUGGACAUCAAGCCGAAUGAUAUUCCUCGGGUUCUAGAAAGGUAUCCAGAAGUAUUGGGAUUUAAACUUGAGGGGACCAUGAGCACAUCAGUGGCUUAUUUGGUUGGAAUUGGGGUCGCAAGAAGGGAAAUUGGCGGUGUUUUAACUAGAUACCCAGAGAUAUUGGGGAUGCGGGUAGGUCGGGUGAUCAAACCUUUUGUAGAAUAUCUUGAAAUCUUGGGAAUACCAAACUUAGCUGUGGCUAGAUUGAUAGAGAAGCGGCCUCACAUUCUUGGAUUUGGGCUAGAAGAAAGGGUUAAACCAAAUGUCAGUUCCCUUUUAGAGUUCCAUGUUAGACAAAAGUCACUUGCUUCUGUGAUUGCACAGUAUCCAGAAAUUAUAGGAAUUGACCUGAAGCCAAAGCUUCUCAGUCAUCAGAGCUUUCUCAAUUCAAUUAUUGAUUUGGGUCCUGAAGAUUUCGGGGGAACUGUUGAGAAGAUGCCGCAGCUUGUCAGCCUCAGUAAUACAUCUAUUGUGAAGCAUGUAGAUUUCCUCAAGGGUUGUGGUUUCUCCUUGCAACAAGUGAGGCAGAUGGUUAUGGGGUGUCCCCAAUUGCUUGCUUUGAAUCUUGACAUCAUGAAACUCAGUUUUGAUUACUUCAAAACUAAGAUGGGAAGGGCAUUGGAUGACUUGGUUGCUUUCCCAGCUUUCUUUACUUAUGGUCUGGAAUCAACUAUAAAACCAAGACAUCAGAUGGUUGCAAAGAAGGGGUUGAAAUGUUCUCUUGCAUGGCUUCUUAACUGUUCUGAUGAGAAAUUUGAGGAACGGAUGAACUAUGACUACAUUGACAUGGAAGAGAUGGAAACAGAUUCAGCAUUUGAUAUGAACACUCUAAUGGAACCCAGAAGCAAUGAGUCAGAUUCUGACUACGAGGAUGACAGUGAUGAUGAUUAUGUAUAGAAUACUUAGUCAGCUUAGAGCAAAGUUUGCUUUGGGGAAUCUUCUUUUUCAGAAAUGGAUCCUUUAUGCAAGGAAUUAUGGCUGCAAGAUUGAAAAGAUGCUGAAUGACCUAAUAGAGAGAGAACGGUCAAGCUGCUGGAGGUAAAUCCAUCAGCAGCGAUCCAGCUGUUGGAGAAAAGCUGCCUUUGUUAUGAUGCUCCCAUGGCUGUGCCUGAGAUGAUGCCCUCUAUUUUUAGGUUUGUGCAUUUUUCUGUCAUUUCCAUGGUUCUCUACCAAAGAAUUCUAUGGGCAAAGAAUCAUUUUUUGAUGUCUUGACCACCCGUGUACAAAAUAUAAUUUUUUUUUUUUUGGGGUGAUAUAUGUAGGAGUUUUGAUGUGGAAUAAAAUUAGCCUAAUUUCUUGUUUUCAA